AUGUUGAGCUUCUUCCGCAGGACGCUCGGGCGCCGCUCAAUGCGCAAACAGGCCGAGAAGGACCGGCUCCGUGAGGCCCAGCGCGCAGCCACGCACAUCCCUGCGGCCGGGGACGCGCGGUCCGUGAUCACCUGCCGGGUGUCUCUUCUGGAUGGGACCGACGUCAGCGUGGACUUGCCGAAAAAAGCCAAAGGACAAGAGCUAUUUGAUCAGAUUAUGUACCACUUGGACCUUAUUGAAAGCGACUAUUUUGGACUGAGAUUUAUGGAUUCAGCACAAGUAGCGCAUUGGUUAGAUGGUACAAAAAGCAUCAAAAAGCAAGUAAAAAUUGGUUCACCCUAUUGUCUGCAUCUUCGAGUUAAGUUUUAUUCCUCAGAACCAAACAACCUUCGUGAAGAGCUGACCCGGUAUUUAUUUGUUCUUCAGUUAAAACAAGAUAUUCUCAGUGGAAAAUUAGAGUGUCCCUUUGAUACAGCGGUUCAGUUGGCAGCUUACAACUUGCAAGCUGAACUUGGUGACUACGACCUUGCUGAGCACAGUCCUGAACUUGUGUCUGAGUUCAGGUUUGUGCCUAUUCAGACAGAAGAGAUGGAGCUCGCUAUAUUUGAGAAAUGGAAAGAAUACAGAGGUCAGACACCAGCACAAGCUGAAACCAAUUAUCUGAAUAAAGCCAAGUGGUUAGAAAUGUAUGGGGUUGAUAUGCAUGUGGUUAAGGCCAGAGAUGGGAAUGACUACAGCUUGGGACUGACCCCAACAGGAGUCCUUGUUUUUGAAGGAGAGACCAAAAUUGGCUUAUUUUUUUGGCCCAAGAUAACCAGAUUGGAUUUUAAGAAGAAUAAACUAACGUUGGUGGUUGUAGAAGAUGAUGAUCAGGGCAAGGAGCAGGAGCAUACGUUUGUCUUUAGGCUGGACCAUCCCAAAGCAUGCAAACAUUUAUGGAAAUGUGCUGUGGAGCAUCAUGCCUUCUUCCGCCUGCGAGGCCCUGUCCAAAAGAGUUCUCAUCGAUCAGGAUUUAUUCGAUUAGGAUCACGGUUUAGAUACAGUGGGAAAACUGAGUAUCAGACCACUAAGACCAAUAAAGCAAGAAGAUCAACAUCCUUUGAAAGAAGACCCAGCAAGCGGUAUUCUCGACGAACUCUGCAAGUGAAAGCAAGUACAGGAAAACCUGAAGAACUCAGUGUUCACAACAAUGUUUCAGCUCAGAGUAAUGGUUCCCAACAGGCUUGGGGUGUGAGGUCCACUGUGCCUGUGCUUCCUUCUGUCCCCUCUGGUCCUGUGGUAGUGGAGGUCGAGAAUCUUCCAAGGAGUCCUGGAGCAGACCAGCACGACAAGAAAUGCUUGCCUCUGAGGAUUGAUUUGCUAGAGAGUCCAGACUUACUGGAAACAACUGCUAAUGACGUAGCUGGGGCACCUGACACCAUGGACAUCCCCCAAGUCCCAGGUGAAGUGAGCACAGCCACCAGGCAGGCUGGGUUAGAGGGACCUGAAGCAUUCAUAGAUUCCUCAGAGAAGCUCAAACACCUUGAAAUGGAAAGCAGUCCUGUGCCAGCUCCUCACCCCAACGUGAAUGUUAAUAUUAACAACCAGGAGGAAGUGGUAAAGUUAACCGAGAAAUGUCUGAAUAAUGCCAUCGACAGCCCAGCGCUGAAUACCAGGAGAGUUCCUCCUGACUUGAAGAGUAAUAUUUUGAAGGCUCAGGUAGAAGCAGUGCAGAAGGUUACAAGAGAAGAUCGCUUAUUAAGUCAUAAAAAUGCCAGUGUUCAGGAUGCUUCCACAGACAGUGGUGAAUUAAAUGAGAACACUGUGCCUGUCCGUGGAGACUCUCUGGCUCUGAGGCGAACCACACCUACAGAACGUGGGUCUGCUCUAAAGGAUGCUACAGAUGAACUGGAUGCCUUGCUGUUGUCUCUAACUGAGAAUCUCCUUGACCACACAACCACACCUCAGGUGUCUUCAACGUCAGUGAUCACACCCCGUUGGAUUGUGCCACAGAGCACUGUCCUUCCUAAUGGGCUUGCAGGAAAUGAGUUUUCCCUGACUGGGAAGGAAGGGCUGGGCAGCAGAGAGCUCAUCUCUCCCCCAGCGCCAUUCUUGGUGGACGCCGUGACCAGCUCUGCUCCAGCCUCAGCUGGAGAAGCCGCCUUGAAGCAGAAGUGUUUGCUGACGACUGAGCUCUGA